AUGAAGACUGAUUAUGGAUCUAGUUCCGUCUCUAAACCUUGUCCGAAUGGAGCUUGCUGUGGAGGAUUUUGCGGUACUUCUUCAGAUUUCUGCGAUAUUUCUUCAUGUCAAAGCAACUGUGGUACACCCUUGCUUCCUGAUGGAGGAAGUUCAUUUGAUGUUCGAAAUAACGUCAUUGGGUAUUACGAGUCAUGGUCUGCAUCCCGUGCCUGUCACCCGUUUCCUCCAAAUGCAAUUCCAGUCGAUGGACUUCGGCGUGUCAAUUUUGCCUUUGCCUAUAUUGACCCGAACACUCUCGAAGUAACAACAAUGGACAACACGAUCAAUGAAGACCUAUUUAAGCAAGUCGCAGAUGUAAGAAGUUCGACGUCUGGGAAUGCUGCCUUGGAAGUAUAUGUUUCAAUCGGGGGUUGGGCUUUUAGCGAUGAUCAGACUGCUACACAGCCACUAUUUCCUAACAUUGCUGCGAAUGCAGAAAACCGGACACUGUUUGCUCGAAAUGUCUUGCAAUUUCUAACGACUUAUGGGUUCGAUGGCGUCGAUUUAGACUGGGAAUAUCCAGGAGCAGAAGAUCAUGGUGGCAGUGAUGCUGAUGUGCAAAGCUAUCCUCUGCUUGUCAAGCAAUUACGAGAAACUUUCGAUAAUAGCCCAAAAGGAGAUAGUCUCGGCAUAACCUUUACAAUUCCUUCCUCUUACUGGUACCUUCGAUGGUUCGAUCUUCCGAAAAUGUUACCGUAUAUUACCUCGAUUAACAUGAUGACCUAUGAUUUACAUGGGGUUUGGGAUAGUCACAAUCACAUUGAAAGUAAUGUGCAGGCCCACACAAAUCUCACGGAGAUCAAGCUCGCGAUGGAACUUUUAUGGAGAAACCAUAUCCCACCCGAAAAGGUUGUUUUGGGGCUUGAGUUUUAUCGCAGAGCUUUCCAACUGUCCAGUACUAACUGCCAGACCCCUGGAUGUAUGUUUUCUGGUGCAUCUGCCAAGGGACCCUGUACUGGAGAGGGAGGAAUCUUAGGAUAUUUUGAGAUCCAAGACAUUCUCAAUGACCCAAAUCAGAAAAUUGACGUUAAAUAUAACGAGGCUGCUGCUAUCAAUUAUUUCACUUACAAUACCGAUCAAUGGGUCUCUUAUGAUAACGAAACAACAUUCGCACAAAAAGUUGAAUACGCUAACAGCAUUGGACUUGGAGGGCUUUUGAUAUGGGCUAUCGACAUGGAUGACAAUAAUUUUUCGGCACUCUCUGGAUUACUUGGCCGUGACAACCUUGGUUCUAUCAGCUCCAAAGCUCUUGAAGACCAGGCUAUAGUUGACACUUCAGAUUGGGCAUCCCAGAACGGCCAGAAAUGCUAUAUGGGUACAUGCGGAGGUGGAUGUCUUCUUGGAAAGGAGGUCGAGAUUAGCCGAGCCAAUAGUUGUAAAGGAGGUAAACCAAUAUGUUGUCCAAUUGAUGCUGCACCCUCUUGUACUUGGAGAGGGGGAGAGAGUUGA